AUGGGGAGGGGAGCAGGUGGGCAGGCGGGCUGCGGGCCGGGCUGCGGGGAUGGGGGACGUGGGCAGGUGGGCUGCCGGCCCCAGCGCGGGGUGCCCAGGCCGUCCGCGCUCCGGGGCGCGCCCUCCGCGUCGGCGCCCGCCCGCCUGCCCGCCUGCCCCCCUGCCCGCCCGCCGCGCGCUGGGCUCGUCCGCCCCGGGCCGCCCUCCUCCGCGGGGCUCGCGGCUGCCCCAGCCCCAGUCGCCCCGCUGGACUCGGCGGUCCCGGCGCCCGCCCUCCGGGGGCAGGUGGCCAGAGGCAGCCUUACCUGCCGCGGGCUCUUCUCCGCCCGCCGGGGCCGGCCGUCCGCUCGCGAAGCCGGGCAGGGGCGCGGGGCUGCGGCAGCUGGGGCGCCGGGCGCUCUCGCGGGCGCGCAGGACCCGGGGCUGCCCCCGCCGCGCGCCUCCUCCCCGCCCCCGCCCCCGGCCCCGGCCCGCCCGCGCAGCCGCUCAGCGGGCUCCGGCCGCGGGCCGCGCAGGUUGUCCGUCGGCGGCGUCGCGCGCUCCGAGUGCGGCCGCCGGGCUCGGGCUCGGGCUCGGGCCCUUCGCGAGCGCGGGGAGGACGCCCCGCGGGAGCCGCCGGCCGAGCGCCGCGCGGAGGUCGGGCCUCGAGACCCGGGCCGGGGCCUUGCCGGAGCAGGCGUCGGGGGCAGCGGGGGGACCAGCCUCCCCGGGGGCUGGCGGACGCGGGGGGAGGUACGGGGAAAACGGAAAACGACAAAACACCCCCAGAUGGAAGUCUCCUUGCCGCUUUACCUGACAUUGGCCAUCUCUCCCCGCUUCCCCUCACAGACUCGUGCACACCUGGGUCCGGCAGGAGGAAACCCAAGUGCACGGGGACCAGGGACGAGUCCACCUUCGUGGAACGUGGAACUUACACAAAUUGGAGUGUGUUUGCUGUUGUUUUGUUCUUUAUGGCUUGUCACGGUGCCGCCGUGUGAGCCUGCCCCGUGUCACCCACUCGCGCCGGUGGCCCGGCCUGUGCUCCCGACCCCACUCGAGCUCGCCUCGCCGGGAGCCGGUCGAGAAGGCCCAGUCAGCCCAAGGAGGCGAAGCAAAGCAUCUGCGUGGGGGAGGGAGGGAAGAGACGCUGCAAAGCACCGCGGAGGAGAGGAGGAGGGCGGCUGGCGCGAAGAGGGGCAGAGCGCCCUGGAGGCCGACGCCGCGGCGCGCCCGGAGCGCUGGGGGCCGCCGGCCGGGGUGACACGCGGUGCGGCCGAGCUGAGGUGCCGCGCCCCGCCCCCCGCCUCGCCCCGCCGAAGCCGCCGACCCGCCAGCCGCGCCCCGCCCCGCCUCGCCCCACCGAAGCCGCCGACCCGCCAGCCGCGCCGCCUCCCGCCUCGCCUCGCCCCGCCGAAGCCGCCGACCCGCCGACCCGCCAGCCGCCGCCCCGCCCCGCCUCGCCCCGCCGAAGCCGCCGACCCGCCCCGCCUCGCCCCCGCCUCGCCCUGCCGAAGCCGCCGACCCGCCAGCCGCGCCCCGCCCCGCCUCGCCCCGCCGAAGCCGCCGACCCGCCCCGCUUCGCCCCCGCCCCGCUGA